ACAAGAGAGACGCGCAGAGGAGACAGAGAAGCUGUCGCAAAAUGGCUGAAGUUGAGGAAACACUGAAGAGGAUCGAAGCUCAUAAAGGUGUGAUUGGAACAAUAGUUGUCAAUGCAGAAGGUAUUCCCAUCAGGACAACUUUAGAUAACUCCACAACAGUUCAGUAUGCAGGACUUUUUCGUCACCUCACGAUGAAGGCCAGGAGCACGGUGAGGGAUAUUGACCCCCAGAAUGACCUCACCUUCCUCCGCAUCCGCUCCAAGAAACAUGAGAUCAUGGUUGCACCAGAGAAUGACUUUCUGCUGAUAGUCAUCCAGAACCCAUGUGAAUAGCUGCCGGACAUUUUCAUGAGAGUCAGCCUUUGGUUGGUCACAUGGUGGUGCUUUAUCCAGGCAAGAGAUUUUAUUCCACUGUGUUAUGUUGCUCCAUGUUCUGCAUAGUUCUUCCUUUUCUAUUUGAAACUGAAGUAUGUUGAAUAAGUUUGUGAAGUUAAGAUGCUGGUGACUGAGGAUGAUUGUACAGUAGUUCAUAGAUGAACCCUAUUCAUUUUGUUAAUGUACAGAUGGGUAACAAAUUCAAUGAAAAAUCUGAAUAAAUUAGUGGAGAAACAUGAUGCUUCCACACACGUGCACUGUGACAGACAACUGAACACUCAACAUAUCAGUCAUCACAUAACAUGUAUACAAGAUGUAUAAAAAUGUUGAAUUAACGUUGAUGGCAGGAGCUUCUGUCACAAAGACUUAUCAACUGACUGAAACAAGAGGGGUGACUAAAUUGGAAUCCGUAUUAAACUCACUAACUAACUAAAGCCUAUAUGCUUUACUGAACAAGGGCAUCUGAUGGCUCUGUGCUGUGGGAUAAAUCUUCCUGCCAUGGUUUGAUUCCACUUGUCCCCACAGAGAGAAAGGUCAUUGGAAAACAAUACAAAGUUAUUGUAAGUGAUCGCGUUUAUCCAGUGGCAGAAGCCUUAGAUCUGUAUUAUCAGAAAAAGAAUUUUAAGUAUCUGAAGUACUCAAUAUUCAGAAUGUUAUAUUAUAAUUAUAUACCAUUUAUUUGUUACUACUGAUGCAUUUAAUUAUAAGCAGCAUUUUAAUUUUGUAGCUGUUCAAGAUGGAUCUUAUGCUAACUAGGCUAUACUGUUUUAUACUGUAAAGGCCAUGCAUAUACAAGGUUCUUCCACACAGGUGUUUUCAGUUAUGCUGUUUAAUAAGUGCUUUGCUUAACUGACAUCUCCCUCACGCUUCUGUAGGUUUUGUUGUGCUUGUUGGGUUCAUUCUUAGUGCAUAGAGUCUGGUGAAAUCACAUAUUUCCCGGCAUAACAGGGAACAGGGUAAGUGAAAAGACCUGGGUGGGUGUACAGAGACUUCCAUUUGCAAAGUUAUUAAUUUGAGGUCACAUAAAAUUGAAAAACUCAGAUAAUAUGCAAGAACCAUAAAAUUGUACUGAAGUACAGAACUUGAGAAAAUGUAUUUCCACCUCUGCUUUUAUCCAGUGCUGAAACUGUGACUAUGCCCCCAACUACAGGACACAAGAGAUCACUGAAUGGUUUGAUGAGUAUGAAGAUGAAUCAUAUGUUGUGGCCUUUACAGUCACUUAAACUUGACUUAAUUAAAUGCCCACUGGAGAUUUUGGAGCAACGUCUCAGACAGCAGAUUCACCUUUGAACUUCACCAACCGAGCUGCUGGAGCAACCAUCUUUACAUCUGGUGAAUCCCUUCUUAUGCAGAAUUUUAUUACAUCACAUGGCAAGUUAACUGUCCCUCUUC